GAUAACAAGUAACUUGCAUUAACCUACACUAAUCACAAAGGCAUACACGCUAAAAAAGACUCAUCUCAACCUUCUCAAUUAACAACACGUAAGCAAAGUUAAAGAUAUCAACAACACCAACGGAUUAAACUAUUAACAUACGGAAAACAAUUUUUGCAAAAUUCAAGAAAAUUUCAAACUUUAAACACUGGAUUUUAUUGGUCACUCGAUCUAAGUCAAUUUAUGUAACGAAUGCCGAUCAACUCGAAUCCAAGGGAGUAACAGUCAUAUGUGAAUUGAUUUAACUAGCAAAAAUCAAAACAACCAUUCAAGUGUUUCUUGUGAAUAUUCAUAAAACUUCAAUUUCUUCUUCUAACACAAAUAAGUCAAAACUCGGAAAAUAAGUGCUCUAUGACAGCAAGUGCAAAGGAUAAAGUCAAGUCCAAAGUUGUUGACACGAAAAAAAAUAUAUAUUAAUCUAUUUGCUUUGCAAAAUACAUCAAAAGAUAUUUAUAUUAAAUAUAAAUAUAUAAUUGGAUAUUCUCUUAAUUAAGAGGAUAUAAAGCGCUAUAGCGGUAAUUUGUACGCACCAAGUGUGUGUAAAGUGCAAAAGGAAAGUGACAUCAACACAGUUGUGUUUUGUUUUUGUUUUUUUUAAAUUUUUCAUCACUUAUAAGUUUCACUUUUCCACGAAAACAUCAUUCGUAAACCAAGUGUCAAGAAAAUGGUUAAACCUGACAGUUUAACGCCAAUUAAAUGUGAACCUCCAAGUCCGUGCAGUGGGGAAGGUAACAGUGCUGGUGGUGACCUGGAGACUGAAUACAUCAGCGUACCCACAUCUCCUAGUGCUGUUGUUGCCAUGUCAUCUUUUGAUUAUGACAAUUCACCCGAAAAUUCUGGUUCAGAAUGGGCUGAAAGAUCGCCAGAUGAAGAUAGACUUCGCAUGGAAUCACCUCCGUUAGGUUCAUCUACUCCAGGAGGCCUUAACUAUGCUGGUGUCUCACCGAGUCACGGUUCAAAUUAUCCAAUUGAUAAGAAGUCACUUGAAAUGUGUGUCGUUUGUGGUGACAAAGCUUCAGGUCGUCAUUAUGGUGCAAUAUCCUGCGAAGGUUGUAAAGGUUUCUUUAAACGUAGUGUUCGUAAACAAUUGAGCUACGUUUGUAGAGCGAAUCAGGAUUGUGAGGUUACCAAACAUCAUCGUAAUCGUUGUCAGUAUUGUAGACUUCAAAAAUGUUUACAAAUGGGAAUGCGAGCUGACCACUGUCAACCUGAACGUAAACCACUUGCUUUAGAGUACAACAAUAACAACAACCUUCAUACCAAUUCAGUGAAUGUCAUGAACAAUCUUAAUUCUUUAGUGCCUAAUUUACGGCCUUUAAAUGCUGCCACAGCAGCUGCAGUUGCCGCUGGAUCUCUUUCAACGGUAGCUUCCUCCUCUUCAAAUUCAAUGAUCAUCAAUCACCACCAUAGAGCCAUCUUUCCUAAACCAACCUCUAAUCAAAAUGAACUGGCCAGUCUAUUGGAAAAUAACCAUCCAACUAGCAUGGGCAGUGGAGGUGCUAAUGGGGGUGAUGGUUCCUCAGCCGGUAACGGAUCUUCUGGGGCAACAUCCACAAGUAACGGAGAUUUAAGUACGUUAGCAAAUGUAGUUUCUAAUUUGGUUGCUUUCCGUGCUAAUCAUAAUGACAAUAAUUCAAAUCCAUUGAUUAACCUGCUUAAAGCAGCUAGUAAUGCCAACAGCAAUGGAUCUAUUAGUGCAAUUGGUGGAGGCAACAAUGGUAAUGGUGCUGGAGGAAGUGGUAAUACUAGCGGAAGCGGUUCAGGAAGUGAGUCAAGUGAAGAGAAGCAAGCAAGAGCCAAUCUUUCAAUGAUUUCAAAGGCAGCUUUUGAUGUAAUGGCAAAAAUAGCAUGUGGAAGUUCAGAGGGAGCUGCCUUGCUUUUUGGUGCAAUGGAUUUUGCCUCUGGAGGUCCAAAUUCAAGUGAAAGUGAAGAUUUGUUUGAAUUGGAGGGAACCCUUCUUAAUGAGGCUCAUUAUCAAUUUAAUUUAACUCCGCCCAGCACUGGAACUUCUACAUUUUUGUCGCUUCAAUAUAUUUGUGAAAGUGCAUCUCGUCUACUAUUUCUUUCCGUUCACUGGGCCCAAUCAGUCCAAGCCUUCCAAUUACUCUCCAUUGAUGUCCAAACCUCACUCAUCCGUGGUUGCUGGUGUCAACUUUUCGUCCUUGGUCUUGCCCAAUGUUCCCAAGUAAUGUCUCUGGCAACCAUUUUGUCAGCCAUUGUAACCCAUUUACAGACAACCCUUCAACAAGACAAGUUAUCCGUUCAACGGGUUAAACAGGUUACUGAUCAUAUAUGUAAACUUCAAGAUUUUGUCAAUUCAAUCCAAAGAUUAGAGAUUGAUGAUCGUGAAUAUGCAUAUCUUAAAGCAAUUGUUUUGUUUAGUCCUGAAAACCUGGCCAUCAGUCAGUUAUUGUGUUGUCGUCAGAUAGAAAAAUUCCAAGAAAAAGCCGUCACUGAACUUCGUAAUUAUGUUACCGAGACUGUACUCGGUGAUGAUGCCUUAAACCGUUUCGGUAAACUUUUACUCCGUCUAAUGCCACUUCGAAGUCUCCUUCCCAGUAUAACUGAGGAGCUAUUCUUUUCUGGUCUAGUUGGAAAUGUUCAGAUUGAAAGUAUCAUUCCUUAUAUUUUGAAAAUGGAUUCCAGUGAAUUUACCAAUGAAUUUGUUUCAUCUUCAUCCUCAUCUUCAAGCCGUAACGGUAAACAUGGAACGGGAAGCAGUAGCAGUCGACCAUCUUCAUCUGCAGGAACUGGUGCCACCAAUGCAUCUCAAGCCGCAAAUCAUUCACCAUCAUCCUCCUCUUCAGCAGCUUCAAGUAAAAGGAAUGGCAUUUAAACACACAGAGAAGCACACAACAAAUCCCUUUACUUUCUACUAUUACUUGGUGUGCUGUUAAUUGUUCAUUCGCGCGCGCUUUGCCUCCUAUUUUCAUCACCUAUUCCUCAAAACCCCUUUUUUCAGCUAACUUCUUAGCAACUUAUAUAAAAGAUGAAUAUAUAAGCUAUAUAAGAUUAUAUAUAUUAACAAAAAAUAUAUAAAUAUAUAUAAAUAUUAUAAAUAUAUUUCUGUGUCUUCGGACGGAUUAUAUAAAAUACUUUUUGAAACCCAGUGACUAAAGUAAGUAACCAGUUGUAAUAUCUUCACAAGCUUGUAGCUUUAAAACCCUUUAUUUUCCGCUCUCUUCUUGCUUCUCUUUCUCUCUCUCUCUCCUUUACUGUUAGUGAAUCUUAAUAUUUUUAAAUUGAUUUCUCUGUAUCUUUUGCUCCUAAAGGGUGUUUCAGUUAUUAAGGUUCAAGCAAUCACUAAAUGUUGGGAUAAUGUCCACAUGACGAUUGCAAUAUUGUGUCUUUGUUAUUUUGUUUUGGCGUCUUCAACAAUCUUUAUCAUUAUCUUUGUCUCUAUCAACUUUAGGUAACGGAUUUGCUUGAACUUUACUAAUUACUAACACCCUUUACUUUCCCACCCUCUUUCUUUGAAAAUCACUGACAACACAAAAACACACACACACCAUUACAACCACCUCUAAUAUAAAUUUUAAGGUAACUUGAUUAACUGUUAAUCAUGUUCUGUACGUUAAAAGAGACGAGAUUUUAAUAGAAAAGCAAAAAUAUUUAAAAAAAACA